AUGGAAGAAAUGAUCAAGUUAAAUGAAACCACAGGGAUCCAGGUGAAUGAAUUCAUCCUCAUGGGCAUCACAAACCGUCCGGAACUGCAGGGCCCCCUCUUUGUUGUGUUUCUCCUCAACUACAUGGCUACAGCUCUGGGGAAUCUAGGCCUGAUCAUCCUACUUAGUUUUGAUUCUCAUCUCCAAACCCCCAUGUACUUUUUUCUCAGGCAUCUAGCAUUUGUUGAUCUUGGUUAUUCCACAGCUGUUGGUCCAAAAAUGCUGAUUAGUUUCAUGGUUGAGAAAAAUACUAUUUCCUUCAAUGGAUGUGCAACACAGCUAUUUUUCUUUGGAAUAUUUAUGGCCAGUGAAGUUUUUAUCCUUUCCACCAUGGCCUAUGACCGCUAUGUGGCUAUCUGUAAGCCUCUCCUCUACAUGGUUAUCAUGUCAGACACAGUAUGUUGGAUUUUGGUGGCUGUUCCAUACUUCUAUGGCAUCAUGUUAUCCCUAUUGGUCACAAUAAAGGUUUUUAAACUAGCUUUCUGUAAAUCAAAUAUAUUAAGACAUUUCUACUGUGACAGUCUCCCUCUGAUGUCCAUUGUAUGCUCAGACACAAGUGAGCUUGAAUUAAUCAUCGUGACCUUUGCUGCAUUUAGUUUGGUUUCUUCCCUCUUGAUUAUCCUGACUUCCUAUCUGUUCAUUCUUGUGACUAUUCUCAGGAUGAAGUCUUCAGAGGGCAGGUACAAAGCAUUUUCCACUUGUGGUUCUCACCUUACAGGGGUGGUUGUAUUCUAUGGGACACUUCUCUUCAUGUACCUGCAGCCCCAUUCUAGUCAUUCUUUUGAUACAGACAAGAUGGCCUCUGUGUUUUAUACCCUAGUCAUCCCCAUGCUCAACCCACUGAUUUAUAGUUUGAGGAACAAAGAGGUGAAAGGUUCACUGAAAAGAGUCUUUCAAAAAUUGAUGUAA